AUGGACAGUUUGAGUCUGGGGAAGUUUAACAUUCAACAGGGCUCCAGUGGUCAAGUUUCAAUAGGAGUGCCAUCUGGGCCGUCUUUUUUCACAUUUGUGCCAGUGGUGCAGAAAUUGCAAUUUGAAAGCCUCAUUACUGAGGAGGAGGGAUCUGGAGCACGAACAGGAAAAACAAAUAAGAUCGCUGCCGAGUCCCAAGAGAGGACGAGCGGAGAGACCAUGUCGGAGAGGAAUACUUUCAAAGGGGAGAUUGUCUUUAUCAAGGACGCCGUGGCGGGAGGAGCAGGAAGCCCAAUCCCAGCGGAGACAGAACUUAGAUUGAAGUCGUCAGAGGAUCACAUGAGCUUGUCUCACACCAAAGCCUCUCCCUCCGUCAGCGCCCAGCCUGAAAAUACACCCAACCACACCGCCGCCGUGACAGCGUCUAUGGAAACAGCUGUUGAUAAACACAGGGCCGUUUCCCAGCGGCAGUGUCACGAUACUUCUGGACGUACUGAGGUUAGCUCGGGUUGCUUUGCAAAUAGCGGGUUAGAGGAGAGGACGAGCCCCACGUGCUCCGCAGACCUGUUCCCCACCCUGGCUUGGUCCCGAGAGUCCCUUCUCUCAGACAUUUCGGACAAAGACCGAUGCUGGUCUUUCACGCAGCCCUCCUCUGUAACCUCUCCUGUCUCUUUCAGCCGCACUGUGUCCCCCUGCUCGUCUGUCCGCUCCGGCAUGUUCACCCCCACUGUCACCCAGAUCAAGAGGCACUUUCUCGCUUCCGGCUCAAGUCUGGCUCAGAACCCUCAAACCUGUUUUUCCUCCUGUGAGAGCCUGUUCUCCUCCAUCUGUCCCCAGUCCCCUCCUCCUCGGCACCGGCCUCCUCUCACCAGACUCUCCCUCCUCACGGCCAUCCUGAGAAAAGGCCGUCUUCCUGUUCUGUCCGCUGCUCUGCAGAGGCCUUACACCCCCUGCUGGCCUGUUAACCCUGUGACCCUCUCCUUCUGUAAUGCCUGCUCAGCAGCCUCCAAUGUGGCCUCCAUUCCCCUGGAGUUUUCCUCUCCCUACUCCUCAUCCGUGUCUAUAGAUAGUCAGAGCCUCCUUCAGGAGCCUAAAAGAUGUGUUGCCUCUCCUCUGCCUGUGCAAUCAAACGAGCUCAACAACAGAACAAGCCCUCAAACUCAAGUCCAAAAAUGCUCAGAGCAAAUUCGCUCAGGCAGUGUGCCUAGAUGGGAGCAGGUUAUUUCACCUCCACCGGUGAAAAAGCUAUCCCGAGCUCCACUGCCUCUGUUUUGCUCAAACGUCAAAUCUGUGUCUCCAGCAGAGCUCGACGAAACAUUCGACUGUGCAACUUCCCAAAAACUGCAAUAUAAGCAAAUCUCUGUCUCUCAGUCGUCUGAGUUGAACGCCCGCAACACUCACAUGCACCUCAAGGGCCAUGAAGAUAAUAACCUUAAAAAUCUCAUCUCCCUGUCCCCAAAACUUCUUAAUGAGCAGGAGAACUCCGCGCCCCAGAAAUGGAAUCACCCGUCAAAUUCAUCUAGCUCAAGGCUUCAUUUGCUUUCUCAAAACCUGAGUUCUUCGCCUGUCUGCCCUCCUCAGCUUCAGCCUCCUCCGUCACGCUCACCCACUCUCACAACUUCAGUGUCGCCUCUCCCUCGUUUACAAAACACCAGAGGAAGGUGUGAGUCCGAGAGGAGAUGGCCUGCUUCCAAAGCUUCCACAGCACCAUCGCAGGCUUUCCACAAAGCUGAUUGCCUGUCCCCUUCCCGCUACACACCCAUCAGUUUUCUUGGAUGGCCUUCACCUGCCGGCUCCCCUACGCCAACACCUUCACCUGCUCCACCAAUCAGAGACCUCACCCCGUCCCCUUCCCUCUCCCCGCGCUCCGCGACGCCGUCGUCGAGGCCGGGUAGCAGAAUAUCAGACUGCAGUGACAGGGAGGGUAAAAAAAGAAAGAUAAACAAGAUGAAGUUAAGCUACAAAUCCCUCGCUGCAAUUCCCACAAACACUCUUCUGCUGGAUCAGCAGGCGAUCGACGAGCAGGUGGAGAGAGAGGAGAGUCCCUGGGACUCACUGGAUCGAGGUGCUGCAGACACUCACGCUGAGAUGUGCUCGCCAGCUCAGCUCCGCCAGCAGUCAGAGGAACUAUAUGCAGUUAUUGAUGAGGUUUUGGCAAACUCCACUCCAGCAUCCUCCAGGUCAUCCACUCCCAAUUUUGGUCUACAGAACAACUCAACACUUCCAAAAUCCUUGGGACGGGAAACCAAAUAUGCAUCUUUAAGCAGCUUGUACCAGUCUGGCAGCGUGGCCAGAAAGCUGACGGAUCCUAGAAAGACGAAGCCCGGGGUUAUUCGCCCGAUGACGGCCAUUCCUAGACUGACUGUGCAGGAUGUGGAAGAAUUUCGUCCAAACCCCUUCAGGCAGCCUGUUGUUAAACACACCUUAACUGACAACCAAAAGGUGGUAAAUGUGAGUCCUGGUGAGGCAGGGACACAUUUUGAAAAAGGCAUAGCGAUGAGAGAGGGGAGGACGACUGAAAGAAAAAGUCCAUUCUCAGUGUUUGACCUGCAGAUUACAGAGCCUGAAGACCAAAACACUCAGUGUGCCAAAGAUGCCUCAUCACCUUCCAGUCAAACUCAGGGGCGGAUGAAAGCUUUUGAGACUCAUAUUUAAAACACAGUACAUCCUGCUUCUUUCGGUGAACAGUAAUCUGCCAAGACAAAUUCAAUAUUUGAAACCAUUUCACGACUAAAGGAUUUUGACAAUUAAAAAAUGUUUAUUGGACUUUAUGGAAAUAAUUGAAUGAGUGCAUCACCAUAUGUACGGCUGUUUACAGCUGCUCAAAGCAGGAUUCUAUAUGCCUUAGAAAGAGGAUGAAACAACAUGCCAUUCACUGUUUGCUAAUUCUCAAUACACUGAAGGCUAAUUUAUGCUCAACGCUAGAUAUGUAAAUGGUAACAAUCUGGAGCCUUCUGCCAAUACUCUGUUAAUUUCAUCCAUAUUUGUGCACUGACAGGAUGACAGGUUUUGCAGCUAAUGUAAUCUGACUGCAACCUGGUCUUUAGAUGGUUUUGGUCACAGACACUGUCAGACCCAGUCUCUUUCAAAAGCUGUGUGUAUGUGUGUGUAAGCCGUGCCUGACAUGUAGUUCUCACUGAAUUUUGUUUAAGCUAAUUACUACAAAGAAAAAUAUAGGAUGAGACUGUUGCUUUUCGCACAUACUUGGUAAAGCAGAACAGAAACUAAACGUUAAGGUGUUAAUAUUUUUAAUCAGACUAAUUAUGUGAAUGUUGACCUAUUUCAGAUAAAACAAGAGGAUCUAAUUAGGAGAGAAUCGACUGAGUUUUGUUACAAAGGCUCCUUAAGAGUUUUCCUGUAACAGGUAUACAAGACCUGACAUCCAUGUCUUCACUGAAAGGAAACCAAAGAAUGGCACUGAAAGCUUUUCUUGAUGAAAAGAUGUUUAGGCUCUUCUCCCAACUGGCUCCAACAACAAUGAUGUGCAGUGAUAGACAGAUGAUUCAUCCUGCUGAAUGUGUUCUGAAGUGCUUCACCAAACAAUUUUCAAACAAAGCCUUCACAUGUGAUUCUGUGUAAAAAAAAAAAUAUAUAUAUAUAUAAAAAAAACAUCUUCUCUGUCACUUUGAGCAAUCAGAAGAUCCAAUAGUGAUGAGAGACCUGAACUAUAAAAUGGCCCUUAUUUUUUCUUGGUCAAGAGAGCUCUGUUAUUUUAAAGAAUUGUAAAAACUUACUGUGUGCCUUUUAUAUGCUGAAUUCACAAAUAUUCAAUAUGGUAAGAGUAAUAUAUAUGCUUAUAUAACAGUUAUGCAACUAUGUAACUCAUCACUCAAACAAAAUACUAUUUUAAUAAUGAAAAAUUAUUUCAGGAAAAAAGUAUGAUAUGUAAUAAAGGACUAACCCUAACCCUAACCCUAACCCUAACCCUCAUGUUGCCAUAUAGUCUGAGUUUUACUCUAUAUAUACACUUCUUUUCCUGUACAAAAAUGUCCAUGUCAGUAUAUAAAUUACAGGCAAAUGACACAUAGGACUUAGGUCCUGAUAAAAUAUAUAAAUAAUGUGGAAAGAAUGGUUAUGCAGGCAUGGUCUUCAGAGAGAAGAUGCGAGAACUGGAGUGCUACAGGAAAAGCAUGUGAUUGGAUCUUUAGGAUGUCUGCACUGCUGAUUAGAAAUCCUUGAAGAAAAACCUACUCGACCUCAGAUUGGCUCUCGGAGACACAGGAGUUGAAAUGCUGCAAGUGAUUGCUCCACUACCCAUAAUCAAAUCACUGAGGCUGAGGCAUGAAAAUAUCUUGACCUUGAACUCGACAUUUUAGAGAGCUGAUGUCGUGUUGCUGUUUCAAAUGAUCUAAAAUAAUGUGAUCAACGCAAACAAAUCAAACUUUUGGCACAAUUCUGACCUUCCUGAAAAGUAAUAUUGGGAGGUUAGUGUCCCUGGUAACAAGUAGUCUUAACAGAACCACAGAUAUUUAGCAACUCUGUCUCUCUUUAACAUACAAUAAUUCAAAUAUUAUUGAACAUAAACAGAUAUAUGGCACAUACACAGUACUAAAAAGACUUUCUGUCAAUACAAACCUCAGUAGGGCACGUUAACAAUCAAGCAAAAACAGAAAACUUACUUUGGUUUUGAAAAGUCAAAAUUGUUUUGAAAUACUUCAGUUUAAAGAUGCACUUGCCAGGAGCUAUGUGGUUAACGUGUUACUUUCAUAAAAGACAAAGAAAUGACAGAAAUAAAAGCAAAAUAAGAGCUGACGUUGGAGUUUUAGGUUUUGCAAGAAAUUAAGUUUUUGAUGUAGAACUUGUAGUAUUCCUGCUUGAUGAGUUUGAGUAAAUAUUAUGUUUUUCUUUAAUCCUGCAAUAUUAUGUGUUUUUUGUACUCAAAUAACGAAAACGAUUUUGUUGAUAUUAUGAUAUUAAUCGAAGUC